AUGGACGACGUCAAGCAGGACCUGCCCAUGUCCAUGAUCAUGGCCGCCUUUAUCGGCAUCGCCUGGUACAUUGGCAUCGAGAUCAACGCCUCGCUCUUUCUCCUCUUCAAGCGCCGCCGCGGCCUCUACUUUUGGGCCUGCGCCCUCACGUCCUGGGGCGUCAUCCUCCAGCCCGUCUUCAUCAUCCUCGCCGACUUUGGCGUAUGGAAGGACCCAGUGCCCUCCAUCACCAUGAUCUACCUGACCUGGUUCAUCAUGGUCAUUCCCCAGAGCUGGGUCCUCUACUCGCGCCUGCACCUGCUCAUGCACACCGACAGCGUCCUGCGCAUUGUCAAGUACGUCUUGAUCUUCAACUCGGUUGUCUUCUCCAUACCGACCAUGAUUAUCGGUACCGUUGCACAAGCGACUACCAUUAACCCGCACCUUACCUCCUUCAACCUCGUCUGGGACCGCGUCCAGCUCGUCGUCUACUUUGUCCAGGAAACCGCCCUCAGCAUCAUGUACAUCUUCCAGACCCGCAAGUACCUCAAGGGCCGCGCGCCCCUCCGUCAGCGCGCCUGGUCCACGCCCUCGACCGUCCACGGCGGCGCCCGCCAGACCAGCCAGGAGAGCGCCGUCCUCUGGCAGCUCAUCUGGGCCAACACGCUCAUCAUCGCCCUCGACAUCACCCUGCUCGGCAUCCAGUGCGCCGACCUCUUCCACCUCCAGGGCGCCUUCAAGCCCUGCGUCUACGGCAUCAAGCUCAAGCUCGAGUUUGUCAUCCUCAACCGCCUCAUCAACACGGUCCGCCAGCCCACCAGCGACGUCUUUUGCUCCGGCGGCAGCGGGCCCGACAGCGGCCCCAGCGGUAGCGACCACCGUAACCCCCUCGGCAGCCCGCACCUUCGUGGCAACAGCCUCUGGCAAAAGUCAGACCCCGGCGAGGACACGUCGGGUGUCCAGCUCGUCCCGAGCCGCAGCCGCAGCGCCGGUCGCGACCCCAGCGUCGGAAGCGAAACGCCCAUCUAUCACGGAACCGAGGCUGUAUGA